AAUUGCUGCGCCUCUUCAUCAUCUCGCCUUUACUCGCUUCUGGUAGAGUUGUUGGAUUGACAAAGACGAUACAUCAUGGCCGUUGGAAAGAACAAGCGAUUGACAAAAAGCAAAAAGGGUAGCCGCAAAAAGGCGGUUGACCCCUUUUUGAAAAAAGAAUGGUACAAGUUUGUUGCGCCGUCUCUCUUCGCCACCAAGGAUGCUGGACGUACUCUAAUUACCAAGACGCAGGGUACUAAAAUUGCCUCCGAGGGCUUGAAGGGACGUGUUAUUGAAAUGAGCCUUGCUGACCUGAACAAGAACGAGGCUUUGGCCUACCGAAAGAUCAAGCUUUGUGUUGAGGAUGUGCAGGGAUACAAUUGCCUUACCAAUUUUCAUGGCAUGGACAUGACCCGUGAUAAGCUCUGUAGUCUUAUCCGAAAGAAGCAGUCUAUCAUUGAAGGCAGCGUUGAUUGCCGAACGACCGAUGGAUACACUGUCCGUAUGUUCUGCAUUGCCUUUACUCGCCCGCAGGAAAACCAAAUCAAGAAUACAUGCUACGCGAAGUCCGCCCAAAUCCGUGCCAUCCGUGCCAAGAUGGUUUCUGUCAUGAGUGAGCUCGGAACGAAGGGAGAUCUCAAAUCUCUCGUCAAGGAGCUCAUUUCUGCUCCCAUUGGCGAUCAAAUCGCACGAACAGCUACUUCUAUCUUUCCCAUCAAGGAUUGUUACAUCCGUAAGGUGAAAGUGCUUAAGAAGCCCAAGUUCGAUGUCACUGAACUCAUGGAAUGGCACAGUGCUGAUGAAAAGACAGCAGGCGAUGUCGGUACUCCGGUCGCGCCGGUUGAGGAGACUGGUCUUGCCGGAAGUGGUGGCCGCUUGUAAGAGCUUACAAUAAUAUGAAAUAAAUUUGAACUGUGGCAAACCUC